UAUGGCGUCCAAACGGCCAGAAAAUCGUGGUCCUCCAGAACUGUUUUAUAACGAAGAUGAGGCAAGAAAGUACACUUGUAACUCAAGAAUGAUUGAAAUUCAAGUAUCUCUCGCUGAAAGGGCUUUAGAAUUGCUUGGUAUGAACGAUGAUGAACCUAGAUUGCUGCUUGAUAUAGGUUGUGGUUCUGGCCUCAGCGGUGAAGUUUUAUCUGAAGCAGGACAUUAUUGGGUUGGAUUUGAUAUCAGUAAAGCCAUGUUAAAUGUUGCUAAAGAAAGACAAGUUGAUGGUGAUAUAAUUUUACACGAUGCUGGUCAAAAUCUGCCAUUUCGUCCAGGAUCCUUUGAAGGAUGUAUAUCUGUAUCUGCUCUGCAAUGGCUCUGCACCUCUAACAAAAAGGAAGAUAAUCCUGUACGUCGCCUCCACACCUUCUUUUCAUCAUUAUAUGCGUGUUUAUCUCGUGGUAGCAAGGCAGUGUUUCAGUUUUAUCCAGAGAAUCCACAACAAAUGGAACUGGUGACAGCUCAGGCAAUGAAGGCUGGUUUCACUGGCGGUAUUGUCGUUGAUUAUCCUAACAGUUCUAAAGCAAAGAAAAUCUUCUUAUGUCUUUUUACUGGUGGUAACUCAGCUACUUUACCCGAGGGUCUUGGACAAGAUGUAGUUGGAAGAGUAAGCAAUGAAGUUCAAUUCUCCAGCAAGCGAGCAAGACUAGCAAAGCCACAAUGGGGAAAAGCACCAAAGAAAAGCAAAGAAUGGAUUGAAUUAAAGAAAGAUAGAAGACGCCGUCAGGGCAAAGAAACGAGACAUGAGUCAAAGUAUACUGGACGAAAACGUCGACCUGUGUUUUAAAUGAUUUCAAAGUCAUUGUACAAUAUAUACAUGGAAAUUUAGCCUCAUUUGUUUAUGACUGAAAUAAAAUUUACGAAGACAAAUUAAUUUUGUUCUUGAGCAUAUUUGGUCGGUUUUUCGAAAAUCGAAAAAAUUAAUCAAAAUUUGCAAAAUCGUAAAGGGCCAAAAGGUACCCUUACCAUUUUGGCCAAAAUUGACGAUUUUCGAAAAUUUUCCAAAAUCUCUUAAUAUCCCGAAAAUGGCUUCAAAUAUUUACUAAGACAAACUAAUUUUGUUCUUGAGGAUAUUUGGUAGGUUUUUCAAAAAUUGAAAAAUUUAUCAAAAUCCUAAAGGGCCAAAGUACCCUUAGCAUUUUGGGCAAAAUUGACGAUUUUUGAAAAUUUUCAAAAAUGUCUUAAUAUGCUGAAAAUGGCUUUUAAUAUUUACUAAGACAAAUUUAUUUCGCCCUUGAGCAUAUUCGGUAGGUUUUUCGAAAAUUGAAAAAUUCAUCAAAAUUGGCCAAAAUCGUAAAGGGCCAAAGAUACUCUUACCAUUUUUGCCAAAAUUGAUGAUUUUCGAAAAUAUUCAAAAAUGUCUUAAUGUGCUGAAAAUGGCUUCAAAUAUUUACUAAGACAAAUUAAUUUUGUUCUUGAGCAUAUUUGGUAGGUUUUUCGAAAAUUGAAAAAUUCAUCAAAAUUGGCAAAAUCGUAAAGGGCCAAAAGGUACCCUAAGCAUUUAGGCCAAAAUUGACGAUUUUCGAAAAUUUUCAAAAAUGUCUUAAGACGUUGGUCUCUAUUUAUAGUCCAAAGGUUCAAAUAUUAGAUUAGCGUAUUUUAUAUUCCACGAACGGGCUAGACGAAGCGGCGACGAACAGUCUUGAAAUAAAUAUUCAAUAUCUGUAUAACUGGAUAUUUGCUUCAAUUGCAAUUUCAGAUGUAAUCUACGAGACUAUCACGGAGGUGCAUGCUUGUUACCUCAAGACUAUACGCGUUAUACACAUUGAAAUACAUUCUCAAUUUUUGUACUUUUUUCUUUUAAACCUAUUUUGAAAUGCAUUGUUAACUUUUGUACUUUACUUU